AAAAUAUGUACGUAAAGAAUCCGAGAGAAGCUCACUAUUUGAGGAGAGAGAGAGAGAGAAGAGUAGGUCAAAGACUUGCAUAGAUACUGUUCGUCUUUUACUUCUCUGCGUUAUUCUUCUUCUUCAACAUCCAGUCAGAGUCUAUCUAUCACACAAGUCCUGAGACCAAAUCAUGUCUCAGCAUCCCAACAAUCAAAUGGCUUCUGGUUCUGUUUUCUAUUUGACUAAACCGGAGUCUUCAGGGCUUAAAAACAACACAAUCAGCUCUUGUGUAUCUGAUUACGAAGCAGCUUGGAGCCCAACAUCUCCGUUGGAGUUCAUUUUGUUCCCUAGUUUAGUGAAUCCCUUUGGUGGAUCUUCUUUGAGUUCAAUCCGGAAAACGCAUAAAAAGAGCUGGGAUUCUGGAAAAGUAGGCUUGAGUAUAGUGGAUUCUCUUGAUGAUGAUCAUCACACUGAAUCAUCAAGGAUUCUUCUUCCAUCACCUGAUAGUAAAAACAUCAUCUUUGAGUCAAUGGUGAGAACUAGGAACACUUUUGUCAACAACAACAACAAUGCGUGUCUGGAGUCGGUAGAUAGUAAGGAGAUGAAGAGACGUUGUUGUGGUAUCAAGAAAGAGAGCAUUUUUGUUAUUGCUCCUCUUGACUUGACAACGAUUACUGAUGUGUUAGUGUUACCUCCCAAUGACUUCUUGAGCUCCUGCUUCUUUUGCAAUAAGAAGUUGGGUAUGGGGAAAGAUAUAUACAUGUACAGAGGAUACAAAGCUUUCUGCAGUAUUGAGUGUCGUUUAGAGGUGAUUCAUCAGGAUGAGAAAAUGGAGGAAGAAGAAGCCAAGUCUGGCUCUUCUUCAGAGUAGGGCCUGUCUAAGAAAAAGAAUAACGGUGUGAUCUUCACCGUGGGAUGAGGUAGAAGCUUGAGCUGAUCAUCUGUUCAAGAAAAAAGAGCUGCUGGUUUGUCUAAACCAAGGCAGCCAUGGAUGAUCAUUUUUUUUUGUAUAAUACUUGUGCUUCUAUUACCUAUAUAAAAGACACAUUUGGGAUCAUCUCUCAUGUUUUUGUUGGGAUGAUUGCCACUGGAGGCAGGGCAAUGGUUAUUGUUAUGGUUCGUCUUUUCAGAUAUGAUCAGAUCUUAAUUACAUAGGAGGGUAUAAGAAGCCUGUUUUUGCGGCUUCCCUCCAGUUGUGUCUUUUUCCAUUUGUAAAAUUUUUUUAUGCUAUCCAUCAAAAACCGAGCUCUCUUCUAGUA